UUAAAGUGUGGAAGACCUUCUCACACACAGUCCAACUCCAUUGGAACCCUCAGUUGCGAAAAUGCCUUCCAAGAAAAAGAACUCGAAGACACCUUCAAGACCACCCUCCAUUGCCCAUCAGGACACCGACUUCUCCUCAUCUUCCCUAGUUUCUUCUUCAACCCCCACCCACCAACACCUCUCCUCCUCCCUCCAUGAAGCUGCUUCACCCAAAUUCCCAGCUCUCAUUUCUGGAACCGCUUUCAUUGGCUUGGUUGUGGACGACGCCAUUCCAGAAUCUAGAGGAUGCAAGAUUUGGCUUUCGGAGUCUGCCAUGCUUUCUUCUUCAAUUCCCCCCGGUUCCCUUGUCUCGGUCUCACUUUCUUCUUUGGGCAAAGUUCGGAGCGGCUUUCCUUUGAGCACACUGUCAGAUGAAUGCGCAAGACACUUUGGUUUUGACUUGGCAGAUACUUUGGCAGAUGAAGCUGGAAAUUUCUUCGCACUGGCAACUGUAUUCCCUUCUUGUAAGGUUUUGAAAAAUGGGGUGCGCUUGUCUUCAAACCUUUCAUAUACUCUGGGUUGUCCAUCUUCUGGCAGGGUCAUUUUUGUUCAUCCUGUUAACUAUUAUCCCUCUAGUGAGAAUGGAAAUGUCAAGCGAUGUGGCCUUGGAGCUAAUUGUAUCACAUUAGACAGCUGCAAGGAGUUAUAUCUAUCUCCAAUUUAUGUGAAUGGUAAUGUUGAAAAGGAGGGUAUCAUCUCAUCUCGUCUUGACCUAUCCAAGGACGUAGCAUAUGAUCAGGCCGAAAAUAGCAAACUUUCAUCCCCAAAGACACCAUCUCUGUCAGAGUCUAAAGUUAGCUCCCCUUGUUCAACACAGUCUCACACGUCAAAUUAUGACAAGUCAGUAUCAAUGACGACUUACUCGUCUCAUGCAUCUAUCGACAUACUUGACAUGAAGGAAGUUUUCAGAAAUGAUUCCUCGAGGAAACUUCUAGAAGCGUGCACUGCAUCCUGGUUAAGUUCACGAAGUUUACUUCCUGGCAAUUUUGUUAUUGUCCCAGUUCUUUCAGGAUUUUGUGUUUUCCAAGUUGUAGGUUCCAAAAGGAAUUUUCCAAAUAGUGAAAUCUUGAGUAGUAUGAAUCAUGAUUUCCAUGCUCAAGAUUCAGACUUAGGGCGGGAGAUGAUAUCUGCUUUUUCUAUAGAUCGAGGAACAAAAAUUCAUUUGCUUCCAGAAAAUCCUUUAGUUGAAACUUCAGUGAGAGGCUCUUUGGUGCAUCCAGAACUUGGACAAGGGUAUGAUAACAGUAACACAGAAGUCAACUUUUCAAAGUUGGGAGGCCUUUCUAAAGAAUUUGCUGUUUUAAAAGAUAUUAUAGUUUCAUCAGCAGUACAAGCUACAGUGGCAAGCUUGGGUCUACGGCCUACAAAGGGAGUGCUUCUUCAUGGGCCACCAGGGACAGGAAAGACUACUUUGGCUCGAGUUUGCACUCAUGGUGCUGGUGUUAACAUGUUUUCAGUGAAUGGACCUGAAAUUAUUAGUCAAUACCAUGGAGAAACUGAACAAGCAUUGCAUGAGGUGUUCGAUAAAGCUAGCCAGGCCUCACCUGCUGUGGUUUUCAUAGAUGAGUUGGAUGCCAUUGCACCUACACGUAAAGAUGGAGGAGACGAACUAUCUCAAAGAAUGGUUGCCACACUCUUGAAUUUGAUGGAUGGAACUAGUAGAACGGAUGGAAUACUAGUUAUUGCAGCAACAAACCGACCUGAUAGUAUUGAGCCUGCACUUAGAAGACCUGGAAGGCUUGACAGAGAAAUAGAAAUAGGUGUACCAUCUCCUAGACAACGGCAUGAAAUAUUGCUUGUGCUUCUCAGUGAAAUGGAGCAUUCACUUUUGGAAAAGGAUAUUCAUAAUCUUGCAAUGGCCACACAUGGUUUUGUUGGAGCUGAUUUAGCUGCUCUCUGCAAUGAGGCAGCUUUGGUUCGUCUUCGGCAAUAUGUUAAAUUGACUAUCAGUCAUGGUGAUUCAGAUUUUGAAUUUUCAACUGUUGCACUUGGUUCAGUUUGCCAAACAUCAAGUCAGUCACAAGAUUUUCCAUUGGGCAGUGAUCUGGGUGCCACUCAUACUUUUCCAGAUUCAGUGAAAGGUAAUUUGGAGGCUGCUUUUUCCUGCACUUUGGAAACUCAGCACUCAUCAGAGUUUAUGGAUGGGAUUGGAGUAAACAGGACUUCUGUUCUAAAGGACAUCUUAAGAGUUACUCCAGAAGAUUUUGAGAAGGCUAGAGUUAGAGUAAGGCCAAGUGCCAUGAGAGAGGUAAUCCUUGAAGUUCCUAAAGUUGGCUGGGAAGAUGUUGGUGGUCAGAUGGAGGUUAAGAUGCAAUUGAUGGAAGCUGUGCAAUGGCCUCAAAAACACGGGGAUGCUUUCCAGCGCAUUGGAACUCGUCCCCCUAGCGGAAUAUUGUUGUUUGGUCCUCCAGGAUGCAGCAAAACUCUUUUGGCUCGUGCUGUAGCUUCUGAAGCAGGGUUGAAUUUUCUUGCAGUGAAGGGCCCUGAGCUGUUCAGCAAAUGGGUUGGUGAAUCUGAAAAGGCCGUGCGUACUUUGUUCGCGAAGGCAAGGGCAAAUGCUCCUUCGAUUAUAUUUUUUGAUGAAAUUGAUGGUCUUGCUAUAAUUCGUGGAAAAGAAAGUGAUGGAGUUUCAGUUGGUGAUCGAGUUAUAAGUCAGCUACUUGUCGAAUUGGAUGGUUUGCAACAAAGAGGUAGUGUCACUGUCAUUGCUGCUACAAAUCGGCCAGAUAAAAUCGAUCCUGCUCUGCUCAGACCAGGACGUUUUGAUCGAUUGCUUUAUGUGGGACCACCAAACAGAAAAGACCGCGAAGAUAUAUUUCGUGUCCAUUUGCACCGCAUGCCAUGUAGUUCAGAUGUUGACAUCAGUGAGCUUGCUGUUCUUACUGAAGGCUGUACGGGUGCUGAUAUAUCACUUAUCUGUCGUGAAGCAGCAAUUAAGGCUAUCGAAGAAAACCUAUCUGCCUCAGAGAUCACAAUGGAACACUUGAAAGUCGGUAUUCAGCAAGUACAGCCAUCUGAUGUUCAGAUGUAUGAGAAGCUAUCGGGAAAGUUCCAGAGACUCGUUAAUUCAACUGCUAAUGAGAAUGAUUUGGAAUGUGAACCUUGCUCCAGCAAAUCAAGUCAUAUAGCUCUUUGGGCCAGAUUAAAAUCUGCUAUGCUGUUUCUUUUCCGACUCCCAUGGUUCCUUUUGCAACCAGGUUCUUCUUGAAGCCAAUACACAUGCCUUAAUGUCUUCUUGAUAUUGACCUGCAAAUUUGGCUCAUCAAUGAUCAUGCUAUGGUUGGGGAACAAAAUCCAGAGGACCACAGCUAUAAGAAUGUGUGCUACUCAUGAAUAGUAUAAUAAUCAUCUUAGCCACUACCGGUCUGAGGAAGGAGUGCCUGUAAAUGCCAACUCAAUUGUUUUACCAGUCAUGCAUUGCAUACUCGUCUUUGCUCGACUCUUCAUUGGCAGAUUUGGGUUGGGGGAAGGGUGGUUGAAUGAGGGUGGUGUUGAAAAUCCUUUCGCAGAGGUAUGUCUAUAUAUAGAUGUUCUGAUAGUUAAAUGCACCCUGGUCCGGUUGCUGCCGAAGGAAUUCCAUGCAGCACUCCAUGUCUACAUAGCUUUAAUUUGGGAAUUGACUCCGACUGCUACAAGGGGUGAAUCAUGAGGAUAAAGACCAUAACCAAACAUUGCAAGCUGCACCCAGAUAUUCCCCCUUAGAUUUUUUGGGGUGCCCCCAAGAUGGUAUAUUCAUCACCUUCUUGUUGUAGAUAAGCAAAAAAAAAAGGUGUCUGUAAGAUGUUCCUUUUGAUAUGGCAAAGGUUGUCACUCAAGACAUUGUCAAAUGUCAAGUCAGUGGAUAAAUUUGGGAAGAAUUAAGACAGGUUCAGAAUUCAGAAGAAUAUGAUUUUGCUCACUACUUUUACCACAUUGGUUCCCCCUUUUAGGCCUAUCCUAAUCUUGUCUGGCUUCCUUGUCUUAGCAUGCUCACCGGCAUAUCUUUUGAUACGUAUCACAGGAUCAAUAGGGGAAGUGAGAAAAAUGUCCUACAAUUUCAACUUCUCCCAAUACUUUUUAGUUUUUUUUAUCUUUUAUAUAGAUUUUGUACUUUUGUUCUAUCUUAGUUUCUGAUUUUAAUUCAUUGAAAGCUAAGUCUACUGCUUCAUCUAAUAAAUGAUUAUGAUGGGGUAAUGGAAUCUUGAUAUGCUUUAUUUUAGUCAACAUGUCUAUUAUGUCUCCAUAUUUGAUUGGUAGCAAACAUUAUUUAUUUGUUUUUUGUUUUUGUGGCUGUUUACUUGUAAUAAAUA